AUGACAGACUCGCCAAGCAUAGAACUCCUCAAAGCAACAAUCUCCCCCGGAUCGAAGCAAGACGGCACAGACCACACCUUGUACGGCCCCUGCCACUGCGGCUUCGUCAAGUACACGGUCGCCUUCCCUUCAUCAACCCUACAGACUCGCACCGCGCGCCGCUGCAACUGCACAGUCGACCUCAAACAAGGCACAACAUACUACGGCCUUCCCCACUCGGACUUCAGCCUCCUCUCACCUCCCUCACUCAACGACCUCGCUGAUUACAAGCCCAAGCCCAACGGCGGCGUACACAAGUACUUCUGCCCCACCUGCGGCGUGCAAAUCGCGGCCGCGGGAACGUUCGCUUUCCAGGGCCAAGUCAGAGAGUUCUUCCAGAUCAAUGUCGGGAGCUUGGACCAGCCGCAGAAUGGGCUUGAUUUGGGUACGUGGAAGGUGGCGUACGUGGAUGGGAGGAACGAUGGUUGGGAGGAUGGGGCGAGAGGGACGCCGUUUCCUGGGAGUCUGCCGUAG